AUGGCGGCAUCGGCUGCCCACGUCGCGGCGUUGGCCGCCGUCCUCCUCUUCCUCCCCACCCUCCUCGCGCCCGUCGCCGCGCAGCAGGCCAAGGCCAAGGCCUUCUGCAUCAGCCAGUUCGCCAUCGCCAGUCAGGCCUGCUCCAUCCUGCCUCCCAGCCCGCCCGAGGACGACCACGAGCACCACGACGACGACGACGAUGAUGAUGACGACGAUGACGACGAUGAGCACGACGACGACGACGAUCACGGCGGAGACGGUGACCGCCGCGUCCAUCACCGCCAUGGACAUGCGGCGGUGAUCAACUUCGCCUCCCUCGGCCAGCUUCUGGCGAACAACGAUAGCGGCCACGUUGCCAGGAACGGCACCGGCGGCCACCUCGCCAGAAACGGCACCGGCCACCACGGCGGCAACCACACCCGCCGCGGGCGCGGACGUGGACGAGGGCGUCUCCGCGGGCGCGGUGGGCGCGGCCGGCGUGGGCGUGUGCGCGACGGCGACGAGGACCCCGACCAUGACGACGACCACGAGGAGGACCCCGACCAUGACGACGACCACGACGAGGAUCCCGAUCACGACGACGACCAUGAGGACGACGACGAUGAGGAUGACCACGACGACGAUGACGACUCCGACCACGACCACGACCACGACGACCACGACCACGAGCACCACCACGACGAGGAGCUCCGGGCGUACCGCGAUUGCUGCCGGUGGCUGCAGGAGGUGCAGAAGGACUGCGUCUGCGAGGCGCUCCUGCGGCUGCCGCCGUUCCUCGUCAAGCCGCAGCACAAGUACGUCGUCCGGGUCGGACGGACGUGCAGAAUCGUCUACCGCUGCGGUGGCGUCUAG